GGGAAAUGGUUUGUCUUGGGGACUCGGCAUUGAAUAAAUAAUGAACACAGGGAAACGAAGCCAAGAACUGCGCUCACGAGUUUGUAGCUGUGAUUUACAAGGGAAGAGGAAGGUGCUAAUACAAAAGGAAAAAAAGGAAGGGGGUCGCAUCCUUCUAGAGUAGAAGCUGCGAAUCGCGGACAAUAAAAUAGUAUCGGCUAUGCAAGCCAAAAUCCUGAAGAUGAUGGAAGAUAACAAGCAGCUGGCUCUGCGGAUAGAUGGGGCCAUUCAGUCCGCCAGCCAAGAGGUGACCAACCUUCGAGCCGAGCUGACAGCCACUAACCGGAGACUGGCUGAGCUGAACAGUGCCGACCCCUGUGUCAUGGAGAACAACCAGCACAACACGCAAGGUAUGGAAUAUGGCAAAAUGAAGCUGAGCAGAUCUGGUACACUCCAAAUGCAAGAAAAGUACACAAAUGGCUUGUUGCUAAGGGAAGAGGUGUCACAACUACAAGAUGAGGUUCACCUGCUCCGACAAAUGAAGGAAAUGUUAGCAAAAGACCUGGAAGAGUCGCACGACUGCAGGUCUGCGGAGGUCCUUUCUGUGACAGAGCUUAAGGUUCAGUUAGCGCAGAAAGAGCAAGAAUUGGAAAGAGCAAAAGAAGCACUUCAAGCUAUGAAAGCAGAUCGAAAGAGGUUAAAGACAGAGAAAACGGACCUGGUCAGCCAAAUGGAACAGUUAUAUACAACCCUUGAAAGUCGGGAAGAACAGCUGCGGGACUUUAUCAGGAAUUAUGAGCAGCAUAGAAAGGAGAGUGAAGAUGCAGUAAAGGCUUUAGCGAAAGAGAAAGAUGUUUUAGAAAGAGAAAAGUGGGAGCUGCGGCGCCAAGCCAAGGAAGCAACGGACCAUGCAAGUUCUUUGCGGUCACAGCUGGAUUUAAAGGACAACAGAAUUAAGGAGCUUGAAGCUGAGCUUGCAAUGAUAACAAAGUGCUUUGUCCAGAGAAGGGAAUAUCGUGUUUUUGAUCACCUCUAUGAGAAGGAGCACUUUUCAAGAGGGAUAGCGGCUAAACAGUCCUUAGCGACGCUUACUAAGGAUGUGCCCAAGCGCCACUCUCUAGCAAUGCCUGGAGAAACUGUGUUAAAUGGAAAUCAAGAGUGGGUAAUGCACGCAGACCUCCCGCUUACUGCAGCCAUUCGACAGAGCCAGCAAACGCUAUACCAUGGACAUCCCCAGCAUACCACAGACCGGCAAGCUGUCAGAGUUAGUCCUUGCCAUUCCCGGCAACCCUCAGUAAUAUCUGACGCUUCUGCAGCAGAAGGAGACAGGUCUUCAACACCAAGUGACAUCAACUCUCCGAGACACCGAACGCAUUCCCUCUGCAAUUCUUUAGAAGACCUUGAAGACCAAAAAAGGAAGAAGAAGAAAGAAAAGAUGGGCUUUGGGUCCAUAUCCAGAGUAUUUGCCAGGGGAAAGCAGAGGAAAUCUUUAGAUCCCGGCCUAUUUGAUGGUACCACACCCGACUAUUACAUUGAGGAGGAUGCAGACUGGUGAAGUGCCUGUUUAUCCUGUAUAUGUACAUGUGACUGGGUACAUGCCUGUGUCAUAAGACGUGAGCCUUUUAAUUUUGUAUUUGUUGUAUGAGGAAUUGUGGCUCUCCAGCUGUUAUUGCGCUACCGCUCCUGGGAACCAAAAAAAUCCCUCAGCUCUCAUGGCAUUCUGGGAGUUGUAGUUGAACUGAAGAAGCUAGAGUUUGCAGGUUUGUGUUGUACAUAACAGAGAGCAAGAUGUUUCAUUGGUGUCUGUAUAUUUGAUGCAGUUGUGUUGGAUUUCAUUUUUCCUUUUUUCCCAUUUUUGUUUCCUUUUAAGAAGGGUUUUUUUCAUUUGGUGAUCAGGGGAUUUUUAAUUUCUUUUGUUUGUUUGUUUCAAAACUUGAAAAACUACUGUGUAUUUGUAAAUAACAUAAAAAGUGCACUUUGUGCUUGUAGUGUCUCUCGUCCAGAAAGCGGUUUUCUUGAGCCCAUAGUGUGAUGCAUCCUGUUAUUUCAUAUGUUUGCGUGACAUUAUCCUGUUUAAGGGGUGUGCCAGUGCUUUGUUUAAAAAAAAAAAAAAAAAAAAAAAGUUUAAAAAAAAAAAAUAUAUAUAUAUACAGAAUCUUUAUUCGGAGAAGGUCAUCACUUUUCUGAAUGAAGGGUUAAAUAACCUUUAAUGCCUGCCAGACAAAGUUUUCUUUUGUUUGUAUAUUUUAAUUUAUUUGCAUAAAUGCACAAACUUGUUAUAUCUAAAUUAUAAAGUAAAUGUUGAAGUUCUAUUUUUCCUAAAGGAUGAAGGGUAUGUUUAUAUCAUAUGUUCUCUGGAGCUGCUGUCACAGUCUGUAAGUGGAGCGUAGAGAUGGGCAGCUCCAAAGGCAGCGCAGCGCAACCAAAACCACUUGAGUUACGGCAUUUCAAUAUCCACUUGGUUAUGUCUUCCAAUAUACAAUUUCUACCAUAUCUGCAGUAUUUAUAAGGUAGCAGCACACACACACACACACACACACAUAUAUUAUAUAUAUAUAUAUAUAUAUAUAUAUAUAUAUACAUAUAUAUAUAUAUAUAUAUAUAUAUAUAUAUAUAAUGUAUAUAUAUAUAUAUAUAUAUAUAUAUAUAUAUAAUAUAUGUGUGUGUGUGUGUGUGUGCAUGAGGGUUUACAUAAAGCCGUGUAUCUAAAUGCUUACAAUGCAUAUUUUUAGGUAUAGGCUGCAAUCUUCAAAAGUCCCCCACUGUUUAAUCAGAUUCUUUCUUUUGCAAAUGUAACCCCAACUUCAUUUAAGUACCUUUGCUCAAUUUAAAGGGGAAGUUGUGGACAGUAGCUGCCUUAAGUAAUCCAAAAAGAAAGGUACCGUCACCAGGGGGUGCCCUACUUGAUACCCUGGGCUGGUGCUCCUGUUAGCAGAAAACUGCCCAGGCCCUGGGUACCUGGGAGCGAGCGAUCCUUCUUUUGCUUUUUUUUUUGUAAUCCUGACACUUGUGCAGUAGAAAUCAUGUACCUUGGCCCGUGCAGUUUUCUGCCAACAGGAGCACCAGGUUAUUAGGUAAGUGAUUACAUUUACUGGGGGUGCCUAACAUUCCCCCCCACCCCAGUGUUUGUACCUUUCCUUCUCCUUUAAAGUUUUGCAUUUUAAAAGCACAUCUGCUUCUCCUGCAGUCUGGUAUUAUUAUAUCCUUGGCAUAGCAUAGCUGCCAUGGGCCUUAUGGUGGGGGCUAGUUGGCCAGACACAGGUUGCGAGUACCAGAAUACUCUAGGUAUAGCAUUAGCCUAAAUGAGGUAGUCAAAGCCUGUACAAGAGAGACCAUAUAACUAUGUUAGCAUAAGAAUUCCCCUAUACAAAGAGCAAUUUAUCUGGAUAAUUGUAGGGUAUAAUGGCCAAUAAGAACAUGCUACCAUAUACACACUAGUACAUUGCACCCACAGAGGGGUUAUUACCUUGAACAUUGUGCAACCAGCAGCCAUAAAUGAUGAGCAGCAAGGUGCCAUUUACUCCCCUAUGCAGUGUGCCUAAGGCUGCACGUGUAUUUAACUGGUGAAUGUGGAGAAACACCUGCUAUCCAUGGGAGUUGUUUAUGCAAGAGGAGUAUGGGGGGGGUACUCAUGUUUCAGUGACCCCAUCAGUCAAAUCAAAUGGAUGGGAGGCCAGACUGCAGAGCAAGUAAGGGUGUAUGUGGCCAGAAGAAAAAGGGCAGAUUAGUCCAAAAUGAGGUUUUCAGAAGUAUAGACCUGUAAAAUUACUAGGAUUACUACACAACUUGAUUUGGGCUUGUUUUAUUUCCCAAUCUCUCCCUAUAAGAGACAUUUUUUAUAUUGUAUAGAGAGGCCUGGAGAAAAAAAAACCCAUCUCAUUUACCUCUUUCAAGAAACACUAUCCGGAUUUAUUUUUGUCCUGUGAUUUCCAUUAAAAUGCAGCAAUUUCUGGCCCAGCAGAAUAGGCUGGCAGUGGCAUAAAUAGAUCUUUGUUCGGGCAUUUUAUUUUCAAUCAAAGUACUCUCUAUGUGCAAGUGACUGUGUAAUUUAAGCUCUUUCAGACUGGUUGAGUUGCCUGUAACCAGCUUUGUGUUUCUCCCUUCCUACUAAUCUGUGUAGAUGGUACAUCAGUGCUGCCGUAUAUUUUGCUUUAUCCUAAAAAAAACUGAAUGUCAAGCUCUGAAAACUGUAACAUGGACAUUUGAUAAUGUUAGAUGGUAUUUUUCAAUUUAGUGCACCCUAUUUAAGGGGUAUUUAGUCUUACAAAUCUAAAUCUGUUUUCUCGUUAACAUGAUGCAUAUUAUCACUGGCAAACAGUGGCUUGAUGACUAGUGCUUUUUAAAGGGACCGGUCGGACCGAAGAAAAAAGCCAUGUAUUUUUUUUCGCGUCCAGGCGAAGUGUUUUAUAAAGCUUUUUUCCCUGUGUUUUAUUUUUUUAAAAAAAGCUCAUGGUUAUUUAGUACUUUUCAUUACAUGCUAGGAAAUAAUUUUAAAAAGAUACUAAGAAGAUGGUAUAUUAAAAAAAAAAAAGAGCGAUAAUAUGUAGUAUAAAAUGUUUGGUAACUUUAGUUUUAAUUAUGCCCACCUUGGUGUGGAUAAAUUCUAAAGGCAUGGAGGCAAAUACAAAAAAAAAAUCAAUAAAGCAUAUUUUAAAAUAUU